AUGAAAAAUAGUAAUGAGAGAUCUAAGUGCCAACUACCUCGUUUGAAAGAUUACUCAAAAGAAAAAGCUCAGAAAUUGAAAUCGUUCUUCAGAUCGAAUCGGAGCAUUUCAGACAACAAAAUAGCUGAGAGCAAAUUCAAAGCUUCAAAACUAUUGAUUGAUAAUUAAUAUUCGAAUGAUCACACUCUUAUGGCUUAUUAUAUCAAGAGUGGGGACAAGUUGACGGAGAUGAGAUAGAUUCUGACCAACACUUCGGUUCAAUCGGAUCAAGGAGCAAACAAGAAGAAGAAUUUCCCUUUGGGAUUAUUGAAGCAUAGGUUUUCUCCGAUCGAGAAGGGCAAGAAAGAAACCUAAGAAAUGAAUGAAGACAUUUCAAGAGAAAUAGUGGAGACUGAAUAAUAGUCAAUACGAGGAGGGAAUAGUUUUGAGUAUGAAGAUGUUGAAGAUAUAAUAAGUAAUGCAAGUAGUGAGGAUGAACCAAAAAGAUUUAAUGGAGUUGAAAUGCAAUAGGAGAUUAAGAAAAUCUAAUAAAAGUUAAAUCAUGAAAUAGAUUAAUCCUAUUUUUACUUUAUCAAACGAUAAGAUAGAUUGAAAGAUCUCGCCAUUAAUUUCAAUAAGAAGAAUGUGGAUCCAAUCCAUUUCUAUUGUUUGAAUGAUAACAUAUUCCCGAAGAGGAUCGAUUUGUCCAAUUCCCUGGUCAACGAUAAGGAGAUGCAUUUUUCUGAUCUUGGUUUGACUGAAAAGUAUUUCCCGUUGAUUAAGAACCUAUUGCAAUCAGUCAAAAGUAAAAGCGUUAAACAAUUAUUCUUAUGUAAUAAUCAAUUGGAUGAUAAAUCAUUACUCUACCUUGUUGAGGGAUUCCCUCUUUCCUUAAAGGAAAUUAAUUUAGCCAACAAUGUAUUGGGAAGAAGAGGAGCAAUAAUAUUGUCCAAUCAAAUCUAGAAAUUUCCAAAUUUAAAAUCCUUAAGUCUGCAGAACAACUUAUUGGCAGACAAGGGAGUCUCUGUGCUUUUGAAUUGCUUCUAAAAGAAUAUAACUCUAUUAAAAUUGAAUUUGUCAGAAAAUCAAAUAACAGAUUCCUGUUCCACAGUAUUCUAUCAAUUUCUAUUGCAAAACAAUUACCUGGAGGUUUUGAUUUUGAAUUGGAAUCAAUUGGGACCCACAGCAGGAACCAUGAUAGCAAAAGGGUUGUAAUAAAACAGAUCAAUUAAAGUUCUUGAUUUGAGUUACAAUCACUUAGGACAGAAUGAAAGAAGCAAUUUCAUUCAGUCUUUGUGUGAAACAAUUUCGCAUCCUUAAAUAACUCUAGCUCAUCUAGAUAUAUCCUACAAUUAAUUAAGUGAGAAACAACUCUAUUUGUUUAGUGUAGCCUUACAAAAGAAUAAUACCCUCUAUGGUUUGCACAUUGAAGGGAACAAAUGUUCUGCUAGAGUGAACCCAUAUGGAUUCAUAGAAUUCACUCAUGAUAGUGAAGAAUUUAAAGUUGUUUAAUAAAAGAAAACCGCCAUUGACGGUGUCAAUUAUAUCCCAUUGCAAGGAGACAAUCUAUUCGGAAAUGAUUGUUGUUGGAUUUGUCAAGGAUGGAUGGAAUAUCGAUUUUAAUACAACCCUGAGAAUGAUAACAACUAAGAUCCAAUAUUCAUCCAUCUGGAUUUCUUAGAUUAUUAACCAAUCCCUAUGACAAGUAGUUAUGAGUUAAGAUAAUAGUUGAUUGAAGCUUAAUAGAGAAAGAGUAAUUAUUUCGAUUUGACAACUGGAGAGAUAAUUCAUUAGUUAAAACAAUUAGUAAAUACUGAAAAGAGAAUAACCUUGGCAGCCAUAACCGAAGCUUAUGCAGAGGAGACAAACAAGAAAAGCGAAGAAAUAACUAAAUAAAUGAUUCAAGAAUUAAGUAAAUUCUACUAUACUACUUACUAAAUGUGUCCUCCAAAACGAAAGAUAUUAUACUUCUUCUCCAAUCCAAUCAAAGAAGAAUACUUCAUCGAUCCCAGAGUUAUGAAUAUGCCUGCUCCACUGGAUAAUGCCAUCCUUUAAGGCAAAGAUCCUAAACAUUCGGUCCACAUCUUCUCAGAUGGCACUACACUAGCCUUCACCAAAAUCCAAUAAGUCAACUACAUUUUCUCAAGACAAGAAUAUAUCAUUGAUGACAAGGACAAUUAUAAACCCUUGAUUAAGGUGUUCCCCAGAUCUUCCUAAAAGAAGUAUGUGUUGAGGAGGUUUGCCAACUUUUUAGUUAGAAAACAAGCUCAUCUCAUCACUUGGCACAAGGAGGAUUCUAUCUUUAGACCGUUUGUUGGUGACACUGAGGAAUUACUAAAUGAAUGCUUCGAAUUCGAUUGGAAUAGCAGUAAGAUCAGUCGAUUUGUAAAAAGUGAAUACGAGAGAUUGAAAUUAAAGGAAUAUUUCAGACAACACUACUAACUAAUCAAAGAUAUCUAUAAGUUCUAUUCGAGUGUUGGAUAUUAACCACCCAAUUUCGAUGUCUUUUGUAUUCAAUUCCCCCAAUAUUUGAAAUUGCUCAACAAACUCGCCAUCAUUGAUGGAGAUCUAUUGAAAUCUUAAGAUGUUGAAAUUGACAUCGUUUCCUUAAAGAAUAAUGUUGAUCCCAAAUACAUUUACAAUCCAGAGAAGGCUAUAAUUAGAUAUCAAUUCCUAGAGAUGUUCUUUCGAAUUGCCAAUGACAAGUACGUCAGAACUGACAUAUAUAAGAGUUAUGCAGAUGCACUCUUCAGAUUGCUGAAAGAAUUCAAAGAACAAUACGAACGUUUCGAUUUGAUCCAAGAAUGGAGAUCUUGCAGAUUGUGGACAAAGGAAUGCGAUCACUUAUUGCAAAUCAAGAUGCCCUUUAUCAAACGACUCUAUGAUUAGGUUACUGACAUCACAAAUAGAAAGUGGUAUUUUAAAUUGAAAUGGAUAUCUAUUAGAGAAUUCAAGGAAUUCUGUAAACAAUUUAGUCUGCAUGAAUAUUUGUCCGAGAAACUCUAAGUCAUUAUUUACAACUUUUCGAUGAUGACUUAAAUUGAUGAACUUGCUUUAGAUCGGAAUAUCAGAAUGACUUUCAUUGAAUUUGUGGAGGCUCUUGGAAGAAUUGCAGAGAGAAUCAGUCCUGCUCCUAUCCAAGAACCUGCAGAAUAGUAUACUGUAUUGCAAAGACAAUAAUUGCCCUUGCAUGUAAAAUUGGAAACUCUGCUCACUUAUUUGUACUAUCAAAUGAAAUCCAAAGAUUUUGAAUAUGAACAAUAUUGCGAUUUAUUUGUCUAUUUUAAAGCCGAAUAGUCUCCGAAGAGCAGUUUCCCAAAAAUAGAUAAAAGCAAGAAACUAGACAAAGAUCAUGAUUAUCAUAAUGAUUUAUCAUCGCUUACAAUUUAUAAUGCUGUCUCGUACUUAAAUCAGAAUAAAUAGCCAUACUUGAAUCCGAAGUAUCAACAAUUCUUAAAGCAAAACAUCAUUUAGACAUCUCCAAUUCGUCCUUUUUAGCACAUAUUCUAAAGCGAUAAAAUCAAAAGAGUUAGAUUGCAACCAGAAACCUACAACUUGGAAUCAAGAUUAAAUCAAUAAUAAUAAAAGGCUCAAAGUCCAAAUAUUCAUACAACUCUCUCUUAAAAUGCAUGA